GUGGGCGUGUGCCGCGGCCGCCGGCGGGGCGCGCUCCCGCUCCGCUCCCGCUCUCCCCGCACGCACAUUGUCCGGGCGCGGCGGCGGCACAGCGCCCCGGCGCCCCGUGCCAAUGCGGGGCGGGCGCGGCACGCCGGGGGCGCCUCCACCACCGCGGUGGAAACUUCCCCUCGCCGCCGGGCCGACGCGCGGCUGAAGCCCCCGGCGGGGAGGAGCGGAGCGGGGUUUCGCCCGCCUGGGGGGGCGCCUCGUCUAGUUUGGUUUUUCCUAGGUUGGAAGGGCAAAAGCGAAUACUGUUACCCGGCUUUAAACUUCCGCGCUCCGCUCUCCAGGACGCGCAUCCCGCCCGGCGGGUUGGGCGAGCCGGUGGUGGUGCUUCUGGAAGUCCUGAGCUGGGGUCAGCUGGAAGAUGACAGAAUACAAGCUGGUGGUGGUGGGAGCAGGUGGUGUUGGGAAGAGUGCUUUGACGAUACAGCUCAUCCAGAACCAUUUUGUUGAUGAGUAUGAUCCCACAAUAGAGGAUUCCUACAGAAAGCAAGUAGUCAUCGAUGGAGAGACCUGUUUGUUAGACAUCUUGGACACUGCAGGGCAGGAGGAAUACAGUGCCAUGAGAGACCAGUACAUGAGAACGGGGGAAGGAUUCCUGUGUGUCUUCGCCAUCAACAACACCAAGUCCUUUGAAGAUAUUCACCAGUAUAGGGAGCAGAUCAAGAGGGUGAAAGACUCAGAUGAUGUUCCCAUGGUGCUGGUGGGGAAUAAAUGUGACCUCCCUGCGCGGACAGUGGAGACCCGGCAAGCGCAGGACCUGGCCCGGAGUUACGGGAUCCCCUACAUAGAAACAUCUGCCAAAACCAGACAGGGCGUUGAGGAUGCCUUCUACACCUUGGUGCGGGAGAUCCGGCAGCACAAGCUGCGCAAGCUGAAUCCCCCGGAUGAGAGCGGCCCCGGCUGCAUGAACUGUAAAUGUGUGGUAUCGUGACUAUGCUCUCUGGACCGUGUCUUGGCAAAGUUCCCACUGUGCAGUGUGCAAGGAAAGAGGUGAAGCAAAGGAAGAAGCAAAUGGAUUCAAAGGAGGAAUAUUGGGGGGGAGAGGAGCAGGACGAAGAGGACAGGGGGAGCAUGAGGCCCUCCAAGGACUAUCUCGCACUUCACCCAAGCCUGUGGCAAACAACUUUUUUUUUUUUUUAUCCCCAUCCCCUCAUCCUUUGGCCUCCUCCCACCCCGGCAACUGUACAAAGCCACAGAUUGAAUCACAGUAAAUUAUUAUUUGAUCGUCUAAACAAA